UAUUCCAUUCUUCAAUAGAAAUAAUUGUAUACGUGGCUUGCAUCGGAGGCACCCUUAGAAGACAAGAUAGCGACCUUUAAUCAUCCGGCACGCAAGAAAAUCCAAGUAGACAUAGGCCAUGGGUCUUUUCGAACGAUUAAGGGUUAGUUCAGAGGAUAUGGUAAUAACAAUUUAAUUGAUGCAGUGAUUGCUUGUGCUUAAUAUGCGCACAAGAUAGACCUGGCCCAAAGCGGGAAAAUCAGAUUGGGUAUUUGUAACCCUUUUCCCAAGUGCGAAAGAAGAUCAGGGCAAAGAAGGCUGGCGUAUUAAGAUGAAGACAGUGGUGCCUACGGGAAGACAAUACUCUGUGAAUGAUAAGGACUAAAGAAACAAGUCCAGAUUCUGAAGUGAUAUUGUUGGCGUUUCUGGGCAAACUAUGGAGCUUAAUAACAUCAAUGAUGCUUUUGACCGAGUUUCCAAGAAGCAGAAGAUGUCAUUUACAAAGACUCAGGAUGUGAUUGAUUCAAUUGGACAAGAAAUUGAAUUGGCUUUAAGAAAACUUGUAGAUGGGUCUGGUGUUGAUCAGAAGGCAGUUAUUGCUGAAUUGAAUGCAAAGUUGAAUGAAAUAGGGCCAGCAAAUCAGUUGGCAGGAACACAAAAGGAGCUUAAUCCUGCAGUGAAUAAAUAUGGUAAAGCUUUUGAGAAACAGUUUCACCCUGACAUAGCCAAGGCAUACAGGGAAGUGGAAUUUGAUGGCCAUGUCAUAAACAUGAUAAUUGCAUCACAUUUUUACAGACAAGGGUUGUUUGAACUUGGAGACUGUUUUGUAAGGGAGGCUAAUGAACCUGAUGCAGCAUCUUUGAAAGUUCCCUUUGUUGAAAUGUAUCAGAUACUUGAGCAAUUGAAAGCAGGAAAUCUCCAGCCAGCUCUUGCAUGGGCUAGUGUUCACCGUGAUGAACUCCUGCAGAAAGGAUCUUCUCUUGAAUUUAAGCUUCAUCGGUUGCGAUUUCUGCAAAUUGUUCAAGGAGGUAGUAGAAAUGAUGCCUUGCAAUAUGCAAGGAGUUUCUUUGCACUGUUUGCGUCUCAACAUAUGGCAGAAAUACAAAAGCUUAUGGCUUGCCUCUUGUGGGUAGAUCGGCUUGAGGUCUCUCCAUAUUCUGACUUGUUCUCUAAUUCACACUGGGAUGCCCUUGGUUUAGAAUUAAUACAAGAAUGUUGCAGUCUCCUGGGCCAAUCUUAUGAGAGUCCACUUCAGGUAACUAUCUCAGCAGGUGGUCAAGCACUUCCCACACUGUUGAAAUUGGCUAAUGUUAUGGCUCUGAAAAGGCAAGAGUGGCAUAAUAUGAAACAGUUGCCAGUGGAAAUUGAAUUAGAUAGGGAAUUUCAAUUUCAUUCUAUAUUUGCUUGUCCGGUGUCUCGGGAUCAAAGUACAGAUGAUAAUCCUCCAAUGCUGAUGCAGUGUGGUCAUGUGCUUUGCAAGCAGUCAAUUGCAAAACUUUCAAAGGGAAAUUCACGAACAUUUAAGUGCCCGUACUGUCCUAAUGAAACAACCGUGGCAAAUUGUAAACAGCUUUACUUCUGAAAAUUGUUAGUUGUUCUUAAGCGUACUCUCUUGGGUGAUGUAUGUGGAUGUACUUUUCUCAUAAAUAACAGGUGAACAGGUUUUCAUUGGAAUUGACCAUCUUUCUGGGAGAAGAGGUUCAAAACUGGUAGAUAUUUCUUACUAUCCAGGUCAUUUUGGAACACAUGGGAUCAAUCUCAUGAAGCCUCUUGCUGACAGGAAAAUUUGUGAAUAUGAAACAUUUAUAAGGAUUGCAAGAGCAUCACCAGUGCUUUGUGUGAAAUUAAUUGGGGAUCAUUGGUAUUAGCACAGUCGUUCUGUAUCUAUUUCUUAUGGUAGGAAGGAAGAGCUGUCGCAUUUAUAUGUUCCUACCAUUCAACCUUUUGCAUUUGAAAAUGCCAUUGUAAAUAAUUUGGGUCAUACCUAUUGUUAUUUGUUGACUAUAUAUUGCAGUAACUACUAAAAGAUGAUGUGCAUUUCGACUGUGUUAUUGCUGCCCUAAUAUUUCAAAAAAGAGAUGACACAAUGCUAUUCCUUUUUAGUAA